AAGAGAGUGAAGCAGAAAAAAAUCCUAGUUAUCGUGAGGGACAACAAGUCAACAAGACUCAGCUGACUGCCUGCAGACGACACGCGGCCCUUGGCACUGAUCAGGAUGUCGCCCCGUCAGGGUAUUACCAGUUUGUUCCUUGCGUCAGGGAGGUGGAGAGCAGCCCCAACUGUUAGGAAUACUGUUGGGAUGUGUGCCAGUCAGAAGAGGGAGUAUUCCGAGGAUUUCCUGCUCAAAUGUUACCAGGAUCACAGGAAGUUAUGGGAAAGCAAGAAGAUGCCGGAGAAUGUCAACCCAAGAUCGGUGUUUGGUAACAAUGAACUUGAUCUCCGAGACAUUAAGGUCUAUGGCUUUGACUAUGACUACACUUUGGCACAUUAUAAAGUAGCCGUGGAGAACUUGAUAUAUGACCUGGGGAAGAAUGUCUUGGUCUCUAAAUAUAGGUAUCCCGAAGAGAUAAAGAACUUGCAGUACAACCGGGACUUGGCAGUGCGGGGGCUUCACUACGACAUUGAGAAGGGCCUGCUGAUGAAGCUCGACCAGUUCCAGCAGCUGCAGAUUGGCUCCAUAUACAGGGGGCUGACACGCCUCUCCCAGGAGGAGGUGAUGAAGAUCUAUGGGAGCCGCUCGCUGCCUCUGCAUUAUGUUGAGGGACACUUGAAAGGGCUCUGUGAACUUGCUAAUUUUCAGACGGGCGUUGCAAUGGACACCAAGAUGGCGCACCUGGCAGACCUGUUCUCCCUGCCGGAAAUGUGUCUGCUCAGCCAGGUGGCCCAGUACUUCAUGGACAAUGACCUGCCUUACCACUCCGUCCCGCUGUUCAAUGAUGUCAAAGCCGCCAUCAGCAGCAUCCACCCUGAGAUGCACCGUAUUGUGGCAAGGAACAUUGACGACUACCUGAUCAAAGACCCCGGUCUCGUCACAUUCUUUGAGAGGUUGAAGAACAAUAAUAAAGAACUCUUCAUCAUCACCAACAGUCCAUUCUCUUUUGUGAAUGUUGGGAUGACAUACCUACUGGGUGAGGACUGGCGGCAGUACUUUGAUGUGGUGAUUGCCAGUGCCAAGAAACCUGCCUUCUUCACGGACAGCAUGAGGCCAUUCCGAGAGCUCAAUGAAGAGAUCCUGGUGCAGACCUGGGGGCCUGUCACAAGCUUAGAGAAGGGCAAGGUGUACCUAGAGGGUAAUCUGAGGCAGCUGCAGGAGAUGAGGGAGUGGCAUGGACAGGAGCUGUUGUAUUUUGGGGACCACCCCUACAGUGACCUUGCUGAUGUGUCACUCAACCACAGCUGGCGGACUGGUGCCAUCAUUUGGGAGCUGGAUUAUGAGAUUCAGUGCCUCAAUUCCCUGGAAUACAAGAAAGCCAGUGGGUGGCUGGUGGUGCUGCAAUCACUCAUUGAAAGUUGCCAAGAUCUAGAAGACGAAACUUCCCGGCAAAUUGUCAAGAAGUGGGUGGAGGAGAGGGACCAGCUCAGACACAAGACGAAGGAGAUGUUCAACCCUCAGUUUGGCAGCGUCUUCAGAACUCACAACAACCCAACUUAUUUCUCGCGCCGACUCUUCCGGUUCGCUGACAUCUACACCUCUCGACUUUCCAACCUCAACGAUUACUCCAUCAACCACACCUUCUACCCGAGGAGGGGAGUGCUGCCCCACGAAUACAAGUCCCUGUUUGUGUGAGUAAUUUUAAGGAACCAUGCAAUGGAUCUCAUCUCUUCAGUGAAUUGUAAGUAUUAUUAUAAAAAAGAAAAAUUUCCUCUAAUUUUGUAGUACACAUGCUGUGUUUUGAGGAGCCAUGGGGCUCUCUCCAGAUUUUAUUUUUAUAUGUCUGUUAUAAAUGAGAUGCUUAGAUCAUGACAGAAGGGAAGGAGCCUUGGCCAGGGAUGUCACUAAUCACCCCCUCUCAAUACAACCUUGUGCCAGGGAGACAUCCAGGCUUGGGUUUUAUUGUUCUUAUCUUGUGUUUUUUUAUUGUUCUUAUUUUGACUCACUUAUCAUGAAAUGGUAUCAGUCAUAAAAAAUGAUGGCAGAUGAGUGCACAAGUUUGCAAUAAUUAACAAAAAUAUUUUCAUGAAAAUAACUUCUAUGUUAGUGUCUUAAUCCAGGCAAUAUACAUUAGUACAUACUGUAUUAUAUAUGCAUAGCAAUAAUGAGGAUUUUUUAUGGAACACAGGACAUAAUUUCACUGGGAUAUUUGAAGUGCAGAACAAGGGAAUUUCAUGUUAUCAUUUUUCUCUCUUUUUCAAUGAACAAUUUGUUAGUUUCACAGAUCUCAUGACAAUCCUUUAACUGUGUAAUACUGGGUUUUAUUUACAACAGAGAGCAGUAUUAGGAGUGAGAGUUGCUGACAUUUUAUAAAGUUGUCACAGGCAGAGUUCUGUCUCCCAGACUGACCAGGGACUGUGUCUUAAAUUUCAGCCCAAUAAAAUAUGACAGAUUUUUUUACAGUGAGGCAAUGUAGUUUGUACUUACAGUGUGUUACUUAGUACAGUGUGUUAUAUACUUAUGGUGUGUUGCUUAGUACAGUGUAUUGUGUUUAAGAUGCUGCUGGAAACUCAGCAAUUGUUCAGUGCAUAAUUUUGAAGCAUUUAUUUAUUUUUCCUUUACAUGAAUAUUUUUCUAGCAUUCCCACGUGCACAAAAAAAUAAAAGUGUUUUCAGACCAGGGGGCUUUUGUCCUGCAGCAGAUCACAAAGCCUGAUGCUGAUGAUGAUGAUGAUCAUGAUGAUCAUGAUGAUCAUGAUGAUGAUUUGAGUGGUAACAGAUUUUAGCUAGAAAAGUACAUAAUAUAAUUUUAAAAACAUAGAAAUGGAACUCAUUAAAUUAUUUUACUUUAUAAUGAAGGUCAUAACAAAAUACUUUGUAAUUUUUAUGUAAUACGCCAUGGACUAAGAAUGAAGUAUUCUCUGAGAACAGGUUUCAGAAAAGAUCUUAGGAUAUUAUCCAUAAUGGAAGGUAUUAUCAUGAGAAAAUCUCUCACUUCACUUGUAAUGGAGGAGGUUGUGAUCUCAGCCAGUGAGUGCUGACAGCUGCCCUGCCUCUCUUGUCAUUGCCCUGGUGAUGGUGGUUUGUAACCCAUUGCUUGGGUUCAUUUUGUAUAACUUGCAACAUUCUAUACAAAUAUAAAGUGCUUGCUACAACAUGUAACUAUUUGUGAAAUAGUGACAAUAAUAACUCCGUCAUGGAACAGUGGCCUUGCAAGGGUUGACAAUGGAUUCAGUCCCAUCGCCGAUAAGCAUCAUGCUCCAAGUGGCUUGAAAUCACACUUGUGUGUCAAAGAGCAGAAUGUACAUACACAUACACACAUAUAUACACUCAUGAUGCAGUGUAGCAAGAUAACUGUGGUGAGCAUGGGCAAUGUGCAGCUUAGUGGUACUUCACUGUACAUGUGGUGCCUGCCUGGGGUGGUGGCCUGAAGUGGUGGCUGGUGCUUAAAUAUGUACUUAUGAAAGCAGUUGUGAGUGAAGUGUUUGUUUAAUCAUUAGUUUAUAUCAGAAAAUCCAGUGAUAUAUCUAUUUGGAUUUGGUAUUGAGCUCAUGGAGCAUCUUUGUUGUUUUAUGAAUAUGGACAUACAUAGUAUAUAUUUUUUUGUGUUGGUUACAUAAAUUAUUGUUCUGGAAUGUAUGCUGCCUUAAAUCCUGUUUUUGAGGAGAAACCUUACAGUGUGAGGUGAAUAUUACACCUAAAUAGACAUUUUGAGGCUAUGGUUAUUUAAUUCUGGAAAGAUACUGUUCAUUAUUGUAAGUUUGUCUGUUCAUAUAAUGGGCUGAAUUCUCCUGAAGAGGAUGAGCUGAGAGAAAACAUCUAACUAUAUGAAUUAAGAUAGAGAGAAGGAAACCUGCAUUUCUUCCCCCACCCACCGUGCUCAGGGAGCACGGUGGCAGUGUUCCCCAUACCAGCAAUGUGCAGUGUGGGGUGUGCAGUGGCCUUGGGGCACAGUGGUGUUUCUCCUGAUAUUUUAUAAUAACUCUCUGUUGGUAUGGAUUAAUAAUUUCAGUCCAUAUGAUGUCUAAUGUAUAUUUUGAUCAUAAAAUUUUUAUGUACUUUUUCCCCAAAGAAUCAGCUUGGUGUAAUCAAAUUUUAUUGAUUGUCAUGAGUAUCAGGUACUAAGUCUAAGAUUGAUGGAUACUUUGUUAAAGUGUUCCUAGGCUGUGGCUGCUUCACAACAUUACUAAAGUUCAUGUGUGGAGAUGUGAUAGUAGACAGAGGGAAAGAGAGCAAGUAAGGAGGAGGUGUGUGGAUAGAGGCAGAGGCUCUUCUGCCACAGUGAUCAUUGUUCAAUGCUGUAAGAGUCUGACUUUUGUUAUAUAUUUUUGGAAUUUAGACAGUAUUUAUAUUGUUGAUAUUAUGAACAAAGUUUGUAGCUUCUGAUUAAGUUUAGGUUUUGACACAGUGUUAUGUACACUUGUUAUCAUACUGUAAAUUAUAACACAGAUAAUGUGUGGAAGAAAUUAUCAUGUUUUUCAUAGUUUAUUGAAAAGAAAUGAAGCAUAAGAAAUCAAGCAAACAACAGUUUGUGUGUGAGGAAAAGUUGAUGAACUUUCAAGGGUAUGAGAACCCAUCCUGGCAGGGUGGUGUGUGUGUGUGUGUGUGUGUGUGUGUGUGUGUGUGUGUGUGUGUGUGUGUGUGUGUGUGUGCGUGCGUGCUUGCGUGUGUGGGUGCAUGCGUGAAUGUAUGCGUGCUUGUGUGUGCACAUGCGUGUGUGUACUUAUAUUGUUCAAUGCAUUAGAAUGUCCAGUUUUUUUGUGCAAUAGAGGAUUUGAUUUCAUAACCAGGGAUAGUUGUAGAAUCUUUUAAAAGUUACCAGGUAUUACAUAUAUAGCUUGCUUACCUCAUUUUUAAACUUGCUUUUUAUUUAUUUAAACAAGAUAUGAUGUUAACCCUUUGAUAAAAUUUCACUUGCUUCUUUGCUGGUUACAGUCAAUAGUGUUUUUGAUUUGUACUGUGCCUUUUCUUAGUUACUCCCAAGGGACUGAGCAGUGUGAUAGUUGAUGUAGGCUUAGGGUGUAGCUCAUUCAUGUUGUUGUGAACUUCCAUGACUCUUCUUACCCUGCAUCUGUAUUCUCAAACACUGUGUCGUCCCAUCUCACCUACUUUUAACAGGCUGUCGUGGAAGCAUUAAGGUUUUCAAGGGUGUUUUCUUAAUUUUAGUGGUAGUUUUACAAGGAUUCUGUUUCAUAAUUGGUAAAAUGCCCUUGGAAAUCUGGCUAAUCAUUUUCUUGGUCAUUGACAGUAGUCCUUAUGUGAGUUAAGUGUUUCAGGAUACAGGUUCAGAAUUUAUUGUGUUCAGUAAAGUUCAUUCUUUUAGAGUUUCUCAUUUGCAGUGAAAACAUUUUUGUAUUUUACUCAUGUGUAUGUGUUUAUCUUGGUUGUCUUGAAUUGAUUCAGAAUUUAAGUACAGUAAGGACCUUGUGUGGUGUACUGCUUGAAGAUGUACUAUAGAGUACUAUCAGUAGUACAGUUGUGGCCUGAAGUAUAGUGACCUGCCACACUCACUUCCUCUGUGUGCAAUGUUUUCCCUCAGUUGUAAGUCUUCUGACCUGCUGACAGUCUUACAUUACCUGGCAAUUAAUGAUACUUGCAUUUUGUGUCUUCCCUCAAUUUUGAUUCCUCUGACAAUACUACAGAAUCUAACAGUUGAUUGAUUCUUAUGUCUUUUGUGUUCCCUCAAACUAAAGUCCUCAGAUGUGCUGAUAAUCUUCCAUAACCUGACAAUUGAUAGAUUCUUUAAUGCAAUGUCUCCAAUAUUGAAUAGUCUGAAUGGUCUCUCACAAAACUUGACAUUUGAUAGAUUCUUGUAUGUAGAAUUUUCCCUCAAACUCAAAUUCUCUAAUAUCUUGGCAGGCUUACAAAACCUGACAUUUGGUACUUAAUUGUGUUUACCAUCUUCUCCUCUAUCUUUAAUUCUUUGAUGGCUGCCAUUCUUUUAAAACCUGAGAAAUUAAGAUCAGAGAGGACUUAACUCUUUAGCUGCUGGACAAAUAUUUUCUUGUGUUCACCUAGUACAACAUUUUAGAUACUUCAUACGUGCUACAACCUCUUGAAUAGUUAUAUAGCCUAGAAAAGACAAAAUUAAUCACUACUUUUUUUUUUUUUACCGUAAUAUAUUCACACAAACAUUUUUUUUUAUAGUGCUCCCAUUGUUAUCCGAGGAAGACUACAGCAGUUAAAAGGUUCAAGGCUGGAGGAGAAUGUUAAUACAGUGGCAGUGAGUGUUAUAUGUUACACUUCAGCCCCUUACUGUACCUCCCUUAGGGCAUUGUUAUGAGGGCAUUCUAGGGCGCCCAGAGGUCCGAUUCGAAGGUGUAUUGGCCGCUGUGUGUGUGAAGAAGGAAGUAAUGAGAUCGUU